AUGAUUGAUUAUAAGAAGGAAGGGAACCCCUUGACAAGUGCUAGCGCAAUCCGGCAUUAUGCUCAGGGAUUACUCAUGCGAGGCUUCAUGGACGAUCAAUUAGCUACUAAGGUUCGGGUUUUGAAGAGGAAGUACAAUAAUAAGAAGGGAAAGGCUGGAGAGGACAUGGUAUUUUCUAAUCUUCACCAGCAGAAAAUUUUUGAGUUGUCCGAGAAGAUCUGGGGUGAUAAGAAUGGCGACGAAGUUGAGAAGAAAUUCGUGCUAGCAAGUUUGUCACUUCCCCUAAGUCCGAAGGCAUUUAUUGAUGUAUUGCAUACGUUUAGGAUUGGCAGCUGGGACGAGGGAUUCUUGAAGAAGGGGUUAGAAUUAUUGCAGGAGUCGAAGAGGGCUGGGUUCAAAGAAAGAUUGAGGAAACUGCACUUUGCUGAGAUGCAAAUGGUGGGGAGAAAGGCGCAUUAA